GUCAAAGCAGGCUGCGAGCACAGGCCCCCAGGGGAGCAGCUCGUGUUUCCGCACCUUCGAUGGAAGACCAUGGGGUUGGGGUGGGCAGGUGAGAGCUGAGCACCCCCCCGCAAAUGCACCUGGGGAUGCCCCGUGCCGUGCCGCAGGUGUCCGCACCAGGAGGGCAGGAUUGGUCCCGGCCGCUCACAGGCUUUGGGAAAACCUCUGCGCUUUCACCAGGGAACUGGUGGCUGCUUUUCCCGGCAGGGCCGUUCCCCGCGGGGCUGGGGUGGUCUCGUCACCCCCAGUACCUUCGCGCCGUGCGUGGGCCCGGGGACACAAGGGUGGCAGCGGGGCCGUGGGAACGGCAGCACAAUUUCCUUCCAUAAAUUAAAAUUAGUUUUGAUCGGCUAAAUAUAGCAGCUGAGCAAGAUGGUAAAUGGCAACGUGCUUGAGAGAAGGAAGCGGGACAGGCUGGGGCACUGGGGGAGUGAAGGGCUGGCGGUUCCCCAACCUGCACCGGGGCUGAUCCCUGCCACGGGGGCUCGAGGGGCUCGCUUGGGGAUGCCCGGGGACAUUUGGGGAGCAUCGUCCCCUGGAGAGCUGCAGCAGUGUCCCAGCCCCACCGGCUUCCCAGGCCAGCUCUUGCCCUGUGGCCAUGUCUUGGGGUCAGCGGGGACUGAGCUGGCCCAGGGCUGCACCCAGUUUGGGGCGGAUGCGAGGGUCCCGCUGGGAGCACCGUGAUGCCAGCCAUGGCUCUGUACCAGAUUUCCAUGGCACCAAGCCCCCCAGCACCAUCCCAGAGGGAUUUUGGGGUGUCCAGUGUGGGGGAACAACAAGAGUGACACUCCUGUGACACCUCCUGCAGUGGUAACGGGGCGUCACAGGGGCCGAUGCCCGGUGCCGGGCUGCAGCCGGGACUGGCACCUUGCGGCGGGGCUGGGAUCCGGGGUCCCUUGGCCCCUCGCUCUUCCCAUCACCGCCUCACGUGGCACCAGGAGUCUCCCUCCGAGUCUAGGAGUCAAAAAUGGGCCGGAAAAAAAUACAGAUCAGCCGAAUACUGGACCAGCGGAACCGGCAGGUGACCUUCACCAAGCGUAAAUUCGGGCUGAUGAAGAAGGCGUACGAGCUGAGCGUGCUGUGCGACUGCGAGAUCGCCCUCAUCAUCUUCAACAGCACCAACCGCCUCUUCCAGUACGCCAGCACCGACAUGGACAAGGUGCUGCUCAAGUACACGGAGUACAGCGAGCCCCACGAGAGCCGCACCAACUCCGACAUCCUCGAGACGCUGAAGCGCAAGGGGCUGGGGCUGGACAGCCACGAGCUGGAGCUGGACGAGGGGCUGGACGCCGGCGAGAAGAUGCGGAAGCUGAACGAGGGCAUGGACCUGACGGUGGCACGGCCCCGCUUUUACAGCCCGGUGCCGCUGCCUGAGGCAUCCUACGGCAGCUCCCCGCCAGCCGGCGGUGAUGGAGCCCUGAGCAGCACCAGCAGCUCCCCGCAGAGCCAGGGCCGCCCGCCCGCCUUCAAACCAUCAGCACCGAAGCUCUCGGGGCGCUCUCCAGGACCGAUGCCCCCAGGUAUCGGCUAUCCCCUCUUCCCCCCCGGCAGCCUGAACCGAGCCCUGGCCACCAAGACGCCGCCGCCGCUGUACCUGGGAGCCGACGGCCGGCGCGGCGAAGCCCACGGCAGCCUGGCCAGCGGCAGGAGCGGCGGCAGCGCAGCGAGGCCGCUGUACCCCGGUCUGCAGACCCUGAGCCCCGUGCUUGCACCGGGCAGCGCCGGCAUCCCCAACCACAGCCUCUCCGGCUUCCCCUUCCUCGCCCCGGCACAAGCGGAGUACGGGGCUGGCGAGGCCCCGCCGCCCCCCGGCUUCCUUCAGCCCGGCCCCCCGGCUUCGUGGCAGCCCCCGCGGGACAUGGCAGCGCUGGGGGCCAGCGCCAGGAUCGUCCCCGCCGAGGAUGCGGCCCCCGGCAGCUCCCCGCAGCACCACGCCAUCAGCAUCAAGUCGGAGCGGGUCUCGCCGGGGCUCGGCUGCCCCUCGGGCACCCCGCAGCCCCCCCCGGGCAGCCUGGCCUCCCUGAGCGAAGCCUCCCGAGGCUCCGGAGACCUCCAGCCGCGGGACGACUACGCCAAGGGCUACCCCUACCCCCUGGGCCCCCCCCGGCCGCUGGCGGAGGAGCAGCGGGCCACCGUCCCCGUCCCCCCGCGGCGGGCACAGGCUGUGGAGGGGUGGCAGAGAUAGCGAGGCUGACGGGGUGCAGGGGGAGCCGCUCCCCGCUUCCACCCCAUCCCCGGACCCCCAAGGAGCCCCGCUCCCCCCCAUUGCUCUGGGGCUUCCCAGGGGGUCCUGGCCCCAACGCCAGGGCUGCAGUUCCCAGAACCCCCACCCUCCCCCCCCACCCCAGUGCCCCUCCCCGACACUGCUGUCCCCCCCCCUUUUUCUCAGCUCUGCCCGCCCCAGCCCCAUGCUCCUGCUGGGCACGGCGAGGCCGGGACCCCCUCCCUACCCCCCCCCCCCGGCACGGCACGGUGUCCGGUGCCGGACACUGUCCAGCCCCGUCCGUGCGUCCGUCCCUGCGUGUCCCCACCGAGCAGGAGUGCCUGGGAAGUGCCACGGGGUGGCAGCAGGACUGAGAGCAGCGGCCGAUGGCAGCGGGCCCAACCCUGCACCCCCAGGGCCAAAUCCUGCCCCCGGCCGGGGCGAGGGGAGGCAGCCGGGGGCAGCGGGCGCUGCUCCGCCGGCCCAGGGACUUUUUUUUUUUUUUUUUUUUUUCUAUUUAUUACGUUCUCACCAAUAAAGAGCUGGGGGUAUCGGGGUGCCUGGCGUCAGCUCCUUGGGGUCGGGAUGCACAGCUCUGUGUGGGGUGGCAAGUCAUUAAUGUCCCCGAGGGGAAAAUGGGCUGUGCCCCGUUAAUUUUGGCUCGGCACUGCCAUCCCCUAAGUCCCCCCCCCCCCCCGGCUCAAAGCCACCUCUCUGGGGUCACCGAGCCCCCGGUACGGGUGGUAGCAGGGUCACCCCGGCCCUCGCCGCAUCCCCGUGUCCAUGUGGCUGAGCCGUGUGCUCCAGGAGACCUCCAAAAAGGUGCUUGUAGGAUCUCACGCUGCAGGGUUAGUGCGGGUGGCCGGUGUUCCCACUGAUGGGGAGGAGGAAAAAACCCCCCCUGUGCCCCAAAUAUCAGCAUUAAUGGGGACACGUGUGGGGUGAAGGGGGCUGCCAGCACCUGCCCAGUGAAGGGAUGGGCUUUUUGUUGCUCCCUGGCCUGGGGGAACCUCUCCUGGGCCCUGCGAUGUGUUGGGGAUGGGAAGGAGGGUUUGGGGAGGUGGCACUGCCCACCACGUGCGGGUUUUGGGGGGCCCAGCAGCUCUGCCCGGGGCCCUGCAGCGUCACGGGGGACGUGGCACAGGGACGGGGCCCCUCCGCUCGCCGGCGCUGAACUCAGCUCCCGGGGAGAUUACUGGGAGCCGAGCCCCGGGAUUAAACCACGGCACAGAGAUUAAUUCUGGGGAGAGUUUUUCCCGUUUAAUAGAGCCCAGCGAGCGGCGUAAAUACCAGCCCGGAUUAGGGGCUGCUGCCUCGGGACGGAGCUCCGCCAGCCCCGGCACGGAUCUGGCCCCUGGUGACGCCUCGGCCGCAGGGCCUGGGAGCGGGGCAGUGGCCACCCCAAAUCUGGGGGACACCGGGGUGACAGCGGAGGUGCCUGCGGCCCAGGUGCCCCCCAGGCGGUGGGGACGGUCCCCUCCCGACCUGCUUCGGGUCCCCAGGCUGGGAAGGGGCUGGUGAAUGCGGAGAGGAGCCGAGACACCCGGGGAAAGUGUGGGGGCUGGGGUAAGAGACACUGAUUGAAUAGCAAUGACUGCAUGAUUUAUGGUUUGCAUUAUUGCAUGGUUCAUUUGAAUAUAUGCUAAUAAGGCUUUUCUCCUCGUUUUGUUUGUAAGAUUUAGAUUUGCUAUGGCAACCCGCUGGCAUGGAAGGAGCGCCAGGAAAUGUCAGGGCGAGGUGAGCCCCGGGGAGGGGCUGGGGCUGUUGGGGGGCCACAUCCCACUGCGGGGACAUGGCAGCGGCCGGCGGGACCGAGGGCAGCGGUGG